CCGGAAAUGAUGGAUAUGGUUGAAUUAAUAGAUAAGCGGUCCGCAGAUUUGAUAGAAAUUGAUGAUGAUCACACGUAGCACCAAAGAAAUAACCAGUGCAUACGCACACACAUAUAGAGACCGGCUGCAUACAUUUGCAUACAAGUCUGUAAUAGAUACAAGAGGACACUAGGGGAGUAAUGAGUAGGUGACUGUCAGUUACAUCGGAGUUCCGUGUGAUCUACGAACGUUGCUGCGUACACGAUUAUCAUGUCACGCUCGAUGCUGCUGUUGAUCCUGCUGGGUGUAUUGUUGCUCAAUUGUCAGGAGACGCUCGGCCGACGAGGACGGGGAAGAAGCAGGAGUAAGUCUCGCGUACAGAUCGGACUGCCCAUUACCGGGAAGUACCGUGAUCCGGAAAGCGAUCAAUAUUACAACAAUAACAAUGGAGCUAAAAUACUACUGGCGUCGCAUUUCGAUCUGGAGUACGUCUUGGGACACAAAAUAGCCUUCCUCUGCGUCGCUCGCGGCAAUCCGCGCCCGCACAUUACGUGGUUCAAAGAUGGCAGCGAGAUUUACACGCAUCACUAUCUACACAUACACGAGUGGCAAGUUGGUACCGACAAAGUAAAGUCGAAACUCGAGAUCGAUCCCGCCACUCAGAUGGACGCGGGUGUUUACGAGUGCACGGCGGAUAACAUGUACAGUAUCGAUCGGCGAUCGUUCAAGACUGAUUUCUCCAUCGCUUUCGAUUAAAUGCGAGAAAUCCUUCCCUCCCCAAAAAACAUAAAAUUAAACAUAAAUACGUAAAGUAUAAUCCUAGAUAUCGCGUAAAAUUUUUACGAUAGACACUAUGAAACGUAGUAGAUCCUAAGAUUUAGAUUGUGUAUUAUUUUUAAUGUAAUAAUUUGCAGAAGAAAAGUCUAAAGGUGUUCUAUUAAUUCAA